AAGAACAUUCAUUGAUAAAGAACUGAUAAGUUCUUUAAAAGAUACAUUGAUAACUGAUAGUACCUGACCGAAUUGAUUAUGAAAUUGACCGGGAAUAUGAAAUUAACAGGAGUUGCCGAGAUCGAGGAGCGGAAGCAGAACAAAAAGCUACUAAAACCGCUGCUUGAGAAACGGAGGAGGGAGAGGAUAAAUCACAGCCUGGAGUCUUUGAGAAUAUUGCUGCUGGAAAACGCGCAGAUAAAGAAAUUAAGAAACCCCAAAGUAGAGAAAGCGGAGAUUCUGGAAAGCGCGGUGGAGUUUCUGCGGAGAGAACGGGACUGCGACUGCGCGCAGCAGUGCCAGCGGCUGGGUCUGGUUGCUAAGGACGCCUCCGAAUCCCAACGCGGUUACCAUGACGGCUUCCAAGACUGCCUCGCUCGGGCGGCCAGUUUCCUGCAGCAAUCUUGCAGCAAAGCAUCAGAAACGCGCACCGAGACCCAGCGCUGCACGGCACCGACACUGGCAAACAGUUUCUCCCAGUAUAUGAUGUACCACACCCAGGCGGGUCAGUCUGGGCAGCUUUACCACAACUCAUCUCCGAUGGAGACCGCAGCGGCGGCUGAGCCGUCCGCAUGCAGACUGCAGCGCUUGGUGACCGGCUGGGGCACUACCGGUGUCUCCCUGACCCCUGCCGCUUCCUCUCCCCUGCAAAAACAGCGCAGAAACGGAUCCACACGCCCACGCAGUGGAGACAGAGCAGCGCUGGCUUUCAGGCACCCCAACGCGGCCUCCUGCCCGCCUAUAAUCUCCAAAAUCGGCCACAGCUACCCCAACGCAUUGUGGCGACCCUGGCCAUAGAACUGACGCAUAUUGUCCCUAUACUAUAUAUUCAUAUGUAACCACUUCUUAAUGAAAUGCCUUGUUGCGUGAGGGUCUGGAACCAACUCCCCAGUAAUGCUGUUGAAGCCGACA